AUGGUGAGGCUGAGCCUCUCCUACAGCUACCCUGAGCAUUCUUGGAGCCUCCACGACACCAUGGACACCAACAGGGAGUACUCCAUUCAUGAAAUCGAGGAGAUGCUUGAUUACAAGAAGAUGGCUGAGAGGGAUUACAAGCAGACGGAUGAGAUCAAGAACAUGGAAACAUUCCUCACUGCACUCAGCUGCACCAAGACGCUCCAGUUGCACUUAUCGACUGAAUACUCCCAGGUUUUGAGCAUGGCCAAGGCUUCAACAUUGAUGAGUUUGCCAAAGAAAAAAAAGUACCUACUUGGCUUGAAAUCACUCAGCCUUACUCUGGAUCACAAUCAUGAAACUCUUGCUUCCUUAGUUUCAUGCUUGCUGUACAGCUCCCCCAACCUCAAGGAUCUCAGAAUCAUUGAGCUUCGGCAUCCGGGAAGCCCUGUGCCCUUAGCUGCGGAGGUUUGGGAGAAGCAGAUAACUGCAGACGGAUUUCUGUAUCACCUGUCAAGUGUCACCUUCUACACUGAUUCGCUCUUGGAAGGCCAUCCUUGUGGGGGCAUUUGCAAGUUCCUGGUGAUGAACGCGAGGGUCCUCAAAAGAAUGAGCAUCGUGUACCAUCAUUCGCAGGUCAAGCCAGAGCAUGCAGCCAAGCUUGAGGCAGACCGAAGGGAACUCCGUCUCUGGCCCAGGGCUUCUGCGGAUGUGCUGCUGGAGUUGACUCCUGUGGAUCGUUUCCCAUGGUUCUGA